UUUUCUUUCAUUUAGGAUAGUCUCUCCUUCUCCUUAACCCCUAUUGAAUUUUGGAUAUCUCUGUUGCUCCUUAAACCCCUCUAACAGAGUCUCUCUCACUCACUCAGGCAAAGCAGAUAAAGCCUAUAAUAAUGCAAGCUGCAACUCUCUCCUUUCGCCCUCCGCCGCCACUCCAUCACUUCUCCACCAAACCCCAUCACCUCAAAUAUUCACUCUGUUCAUACAAUCCUCCAAUUCCCACACUAUCUACCCAAACCCUUUCAAGAAAAUACAUUUGCAAAGCCUCAGCUGCUGGAAAGUAUGUCAGGGAAGAUUAUCUUGUGAAGAAGUUGUCUGCCAAAGAGAUUCAAGAACUGAUAAAGGGAGAACGAAAUGUGCCAGUGAUUAUUGAUUUCUAUGCUACAUGGUGCGGUCCUUGUAUUUUGAUGGCUCAAGAACUUGAAAUGCUUGCUGUAGAGUAUGAAAGCAAUGCACUUAUUGUGAAAGUAGACACAGAUGAUGAAUACGAAUUUGCACGUGAUAUGCAGGUUCGAGGACUACCUACAUUGUAUUUCAUAAGUCCAGAUCCAAAUAAGGAUGCUAUCAGAACUGAAGGGCUCAUCCCAAUACAAAUGAUGCGGGACAUUAUUAAUAAUGACUUAUGAUGAAUAAUUCAGUAGGUUCUUUGUUAGUGGAACUGUGCAUCCGAUGCUCCUUGCUGCUAUUGUCAAGCUGCCUUUUAUUUGUUCGUACGGAUGUACCAAUAUGUGGUUCUCAAUAUAAAUCUUCUGCAAUUUCUUUGUGAAUCUCUCCAGCUUGGUAUCUUCCUAGCAGUGUAAGAGUUGCAAGUUGUAACACAAAUUUUGCACUUGGAAUGAUUAAAACAAGUUGUGCAACAAA